AUGCGAACAAAGCCAGCACACACCACCACCACCACCGCCGCCCCCAGCGAAAUCGCCCGGAAAGCGCCCAAAUCCAAACCAUACCCGUCACCGCCAGCUUUGGUCACUUCCUUCCCGAUUGUGUCUCCAAUCGCCGUUACAAUGGCCGCUGAGAGAUUCUGGAUCGUCACAAGUAAACUCCCCGCUGAUCCCUGGAAUGAGCGAGGCACGUUGGAUGUGAUGAAAAUCGACGCAGCUGCGAAGGUCAGACCCGGCCCGAACGUAACGAGGGCAAUCCUGGGCAUGGAGAGAGCCUACUGGUUCUACCCUGGACGAGAGCCCAUGAAGUCAGAACAUCUCCACGCAAAGCUGACAAACUGGAAAGCAGAGCUAGUUCCCACAUUAACCUGGGACCCUGAAGUUCUGGACUCCUCAAACCCGUUUUCCAUGUCCCUGUCGGUCCAAUACAAUCACCACCUGAUCCUGAUCUACCUCGGCCACAUGCGCGGCGAGAACACAUGCAACCUUGACGAGCAGGAGAUUGAAGAAAUUGUCGACGGCGCUGCGCAUCACAUCCCGACGGUAGUAUGCGCACUCGCCACGAAAUAUGCCCUCCUCACCGUGCCCCACGAGCUAUACCACGGUAUCUUCCUCGCACAGGCCGCCUUCUACGAGCGGAUGAGAAGCCCGAAUAAAGUGAUGGCGCGUCUUGGUCGGUCUGCACUUAAUUCGUGCCAGGUGGUGCUGCAGGCUAUCAGCGAGUUCUGGGAUAGUGGGACCUUUUAUCAUGCAGCUGAGAGCGGUGGGUUGGGAAUUGCUGAGGCCUCUGGCGUAAGCGGCACUAUGAACUCUGCAAAUGAGGCUGGCGUUUUCAAUGCCUUGCUGGGAGAGGAUCGAUGGCAGGGGAACCCCAUGCUGGAGAGUUUGUUUGAUCUACCGCCAGAGCUAUUUUUGCCUGAAUAG